AUGGAUCCGGAUGUUGAAACGCUGUAUGACGACGUUGAUUCUGGUAACGAAUCUAGUGGCGAUGAUGUUGAUUUUGCAAUGGAAGUUGAAAGUAAUAAUCCUAGAGAAAGGCCCACUGAUGUCGAUGAUUAUCCAUUUGAAGUUCUUUCAACCGAAGAAAUUGUUCAGCAUAUGGUCGAUUCUAUUAAAGACGUCAAUACUGUUGUCGAGAUACCGGCAACAACGACUAGAAUAUUGCUAAAUCAUUUUAAAUGGGAUAAAGAAAAAUUAAUGGAAAGAUUUUAUGAUGGAGAUCAGGAUCAAUUGUUUGCAGAAGCUAGAGUAAUUAAUCCAUUUAGAAAACCUACACUAAUAAAACAAAAGUUUCAACCAGUGAGGAGAACUUCCACGACAAGUACUGAAGAAUGUGAGAUAUGCUUUAUGAUAUUACCAUCUUCUAUGAUGACUGGAUUAGAAUGUGGUCAUAGAUUUUGUACUCAGUGUUGGGCAGAAUACUUAACUACUAAAAUAAUGGAAGAAGGAGUUGGUCAAACGAUUGCUUGCGCAGCACACGGAUGUGAUAUACUAGUAGAUGAUGCCACAGUCAUGAGGCUUGUUAGAGAUUCAAAAGUUAAAUUAAAAUAUCAACAUCUAAUUACGAAUAGUUUUGUCGAGUGUAAUAGAUUAUUGAGGUGGUGUCCAUCUCCGGAUUGUAAUAAUGCUAUCAAAGUUCAACAUGUUGAAGCUCGAGCAGUGACAUGUAAAUGUUCUCAUACAUUUUGUUUUGCCUGUAGUGAAAAUUGGCAUGAUCCUGUUAAAUGUCAUUGGUUAAAAAAAUGGAUAAAAAAAUGUGAUGAUGAUUCGGAAACUUCAAAUUGGAUUGCAGCUAACACUAAAGAAUGUCCAAAAUGUAAUGUAACAAUUGAAAAGGAUGGAGGUUGCAAUCACAUGGUGUGUAAAAAUCAAAAUUGUAAAGCGGAUUUUUGUUGGGUUUGUUUAGGACCAUGGGAACCGCACGGGUCGUCGUGGUACAACUGUAAUAGGUACGAUGAAGAAGAAGCUAAAGCCGCUAGAGAUGCUCAAGAAAGGUCUCGGGCAGCGUUACAAAGAUAUCUUUUUUAUUGUAAUCGGUAUAUGAAUCACAUGCAAUCGCUCAAAUUCGAACAUAAACUUUAUGCUAGUGUUAAGGGUAAAAUGGAAGAAAUGCAGCAUCAUAAUAUGUCGUGGAUCGAGGUUCAAUUUUUGAAAAAAGCCGUCGAUAUAUUGUGUCAAUGUAGGCAAACUCUUAUGUACACAUACGUAUUCGCUUACUAUUUGAGAAAAAACAAUCAGUCCGUUAUAUUUGAAGAUAAUCAAAAGGAUUUGGAAAGCGCGACGGAAAAACUCUCGGAAUUUUUAGAACGUGAUAUAACGUCGGAAAAUCUUGCCGACAUAAAGCAAAAAGUGCAAGAUAAAUACAGAUAUUGCGAUGGACGGCGUAAGGUUUUAUUAGAACACGUUCCCGAAGGAUACGAAAAGGAUUGGUGGGAAUACCCUGAGUAA